AGAGCAAGUGCAAAAACAGCCGCGUCCAGUCGUGGUCAGGAGGUCCCUGGACCUCCACGUGCUCGCUGCAGUUCGCAGCGCUGCGGAAAAAUGCGGCUAGUCGGGAUAGUAGCACUGCUCCACAGCUGUGCAGCGCUGCACGGAGCAAUACCGCGCCGCGCACGCCAUCGAUGCGACGCGAGCGCGACGGAUGACGCGGGCGGCGUCUGGGACGCGCGCUCUUGGCGCCUCACGUUCGACGUGGGUCGCACGGAGGGCGACGAGUCGAUGCCCGAGGACUGGGCGGCGUCGGGCGCGCGCAUGGCCUUUAGCGUCGACGUCGAGGUGAGCUCCGACGACGCGAGUAGUAAGGACAGCGAGGUCGGCCGCGGCGCGUGUGCGCUGCGACCGCUGACCGAGGGCGAGUUCGUCAGCGGCGAAGGCGUCCAGCGCGUGCGCGUCGCCGAGGGCGGCUGGCGCAUCGAUCACAAUGAUAUCUUGCGGUGCUGGCUGGACGUCGAGAGCGCCGCGGCUCGCAACGACGUCACGCUCGCGCCGGGGCGCUGCUACUUCGAGGCGGCGGUCUGGCGCUCGCCUGCGGAUUUGGCCGCGGGCCGCCAGAAGCUCGCGCCGCUCGUGGCGGAUACGCGAAAGGCGCAGGACGAGCUCGAGCGCGCCCUCGACCACAACGAGGGCGACCGGCGCUUGGACGGCAGCGAUCUCAUCGAGACGGCGAAGGCCUACGGCGACGUCGCGGGCCUCGUGGGGAAGCGGGACGGCGCGCUGCGACGGCAGCGCGAGGCCGAGCUGGACUUGCGCCUGCCGGCGACGGACCCGCCGUUCGGGCGGUGGCCGGGCGCCGGCGAGCCCGUGGGCCUCGCGCCGACGCGCCUUUACGGCUUGAAGGAGUCGCUGUUCGGCGACGAGCACCUGGCGCUGGGUACGUGGCGGAUUAAGCCCGUAACUUAG